CAGGAGAAGAGGAGAAAACCAAACCAGCUGCCUUCUGAUAGGUACUGACAACACGCCUGCAUUCUGGAUCUGAACUGAGCUUGAAUAAGGAGCACAAACAUGCGUUCUGCACGUUUCUUUUAGCUGAGUUUGGUAGAAGACAUGGCUUAGCACGCCGGCCAGUGAAGCCGCAUGCAUGCAGAGGUGGAGGGUGAAGCGCUCCUCGCCCGCUCGCUUCUUCUCCCCGGAUCUGUGUCUGCACCAUGAGUGUAGCUCUGCAGGAUCUGCGCAAUAACAUGUCUAACUACAAGCGUGCAACUUUUGAGGAGGAGGAGGGGACGGACAUUCCAGCCGAUGGAACCGUCUCUCCUGACAGCGUAGAGGUGGGUUUUCGGAAAGGUGGGAUCCAGCUGUUCGGUGGAUUGGGACGGAGGACUCAGUUGGAGAUGGUGCUAGCUGCUCUGCUCAUUGCAUCUCUAUUAGCACUGUUUGCAUGUGUCAUUACUUUGGGAGUUCAUUUCAACAGAGAUCCAUCAUGUGGUCUGUGUCUGACAGAGGCAUGUGUCACAGUAUCUAGCAAGAUAGUCGAGGCUCUAGACCGCACGGUCGACCCCUGUCAAGAUUUCUACCAGUAUGCAUGUGGUGGUUGGAUCCGCAAAAACCCACUUCCUGAUGGACGCUCACGCUGGAGCACCUUUAACAGCAUCUGGGAUCAGAAUCAGGCCAUGCUUAAACAUCUGCUAGAAAACGGCACCUUCAACUCAAGCAGUGAAGCGGAGAAGAAAGCUCAGUUUUACUACUUGUCAUGUCUGAAUGAACAGCGCAUCGAGGAGCUGGGAGCCCAACCACUCAUCGACCUCAUUGCUAAGACUGGAGGUUGGAACAUUACCGAACCCUGGGACAAGGAUAACUUCAUGGAGGUGCUGAAGACAGUGUCAGGUCCAUACAGAGCUCAGCCAUUCUUCACUGUGGGGGUCAGCGUGGACCCCAAAAACUCCAACAGCAAUGUCAUUCAGGUUGACCAAUCAGGGCUCUUCCUUCCAUCCCGGGACUAUUACCUCAAUAAGACUAAUGAAAAGGUUUUGAAGGCAUAUCUGGACUACAUGGUUGAACUGGGCUUAUUACUGGGAGGAGAAAAAAACUCCACUCAGAGCCAGAUGCAGCAGAUUCUGGACUUUGAGACGGCGCUUGCCAAUAUCACUGUUCCCCAGGAUGAGCGCAGGGACGAGGAGAAAAUCUAUCAUAAAAUCACCAUUGCUGAGCUACAGGCACUGGCUCCUGCUGUGGAUUGGUUGGACUACCUUACUGCUACUCUUUCACCCCUGGAAUUGAAUGACACGGAGCCUGUGGUUGUGUAUGCCAAGGAAUACCUGCAGCAGGUGUCAGACCUCAUCAACAAGACUGAUCACAAUCUGCUAAAUAACUACAUGAUUUGGAAUCUGGUGCAAAAAGGAGCAUCUAGCCUCGAUCAGCGCUUUGAAAAUGCCCAGGAUAAGCUACUGGAAAGUCUCUACGGCACCAAAAAAUCGUGUACUCCUCGUUGGCAAACGUGCAUUGGGAACACUGAUGAUACUCUAGGUUUUGCUCUGGGUGCGCUUUUUGUUAAAGCCACCUUUGACAAGCACAGCAAAGAAAUUGCAGAGGGAAUGAUCAAUGAGAUUCGAACUGCUUUUAAAGACGCACUGGACAACCUCAACUGGAUGGACGAUCAGACACGACAAGCUGCCAAGGAUAAGGCUGAUGCCAUCUAUGACAUGAUCGGUUUUCCAGACUUCAUCCUGGAUCCUAAAGAUCUUGAUGAUGUAUAUGAUGGCUACGAAGUGACAGAUGAUAACUUCUUCCAGAACAUGCUCAACUUCUACAAUUUCUCUGCAAGAGUGAUGGCAGACCAACUGCGCAAGCCUCCAAACAAGGAUCAAUGGAGCAUGACGCCACCUACUGUAAACGCGUACUACAUGCCCACCAAGAAUGGAAUCGUCUUUCCUGCUGGAAUCCUCCAGGCCCCAUUCUAUGCCCGUGACCACCCCAAAGCGCUGAAUUUCGGAGGCAUCGGUGUGGUUAUGGGACAUGAGCUUACCCAUGCUUUUGAUGACCAGGGCAGAGAGUAUGACAAAGAUGGGAAUCUCAGACCGUGGUGGCAGAAUUCCUCAGUGGAGGCGUUUAAGAACCGAACUGAGUGUAUGGUGGAUCAGUACUCUCAGUACACCAUCAAUGGAGAGCAUAUUAAUGGAAAACAAACCCUGGGUGAAAACAUCGCUGAUAAUGGAGGUCUAAAGGCUGCCUAUCAUGCCUACAGGUCAUGGGUUAGGAAGAACGGAGUGGAGAAAAGACUUCCAGCUGUCAAUCUGACCAAUGACCAACUCUUCUUUGUGGGGUUUGCACAGGUUUGGUGUUCAGUACGGACACCAGAAAGCGCUCAUGAGGGUUUAAUGACAGACCCUCACAGCCCACCCAAAUAUCGUGUUAUUGGGACGCUGUCCAACUCGCCCGAGUUUGCAGAGCAUUUCCAGUGCCCUCUGGGCUCACCUAUGAACUCAGGCCACCGCUGUGAGGUGUGGUAAGUGCAGGCAGGGUGCAAAUUCCACUGGCGUGCAUCACUUUGACUGGUCCGAUGGAUGGAUAAUCUUUCUCAAGCACUGGACUUUUUCUUAUUCUUUAGAUUUUUUUCUCGUAAAACGAUAUCUUGUUUGAUAUGAAGCUGAUAUUUUGAUGGUUUGAGUUGAAACGUGGAAGAUGCACAGAGUGUGAUGUGCUGGACCAGCAACUCGGUUCCUAAACUGUGCACGCCCACAAAAGCGCCCUUCCCACUGGAGCUGUCUUAUUUAUUAUUCGCUGCACUUGAACUUUAGUGGGAUACAAUGAGGAUGAAGAAAAAUCGCCUGUCAUCUUUUUUUUUUUUGGCUUGUGUGUUUUUUGUGCCACAUGUGGUGUUUACAUCUGGUCAAGUCUCGGUCUCUAGGAAGAAAAGACAAAUCGCUGCGAUGUCUCGGUGAGAGAGUGCCUCGUUCUUUUUUUUAUUUCACAGGAAACAUUUGGUUCUGUCUUUGACCUCACGGGAAGUGCCAUGCUUUUUCAAAGACCUCGCAGGAAGCAUUAGGAAAGGAAAAGGAGCUUCAUUUCAGAGCCGAGGGCAAGGAAGUGUUAUGGGGGGUAAAGAAAAUCUGUGAACUGAGAUUUCAAGAGGGUGAAAGAGGCUGUCGGUUACUUGUGAUCGGACAGCCAGUACUUGUGCCAUCCAACCUGUGUAUAUUGUCUUUAGCUUAUUUUAAUGUUGACAAAGUUAAAGUGACCUGGUUCUUAACUGCUUUUGCCAAAGAAUGUUUGGGUUUUUUCAUUUGUUUACUGUGUUAGAAUUUGUUGAAACAUUUGUUUUCGUUCCACACUGGUCACGACCUCUGAUGUUUAUCUGACCUGUGUGUGUUAGCAAAUUUGUUGUGUCUGUUUUGCCUUUGUUUGUAUAAGUUAUGCUAAAUUUGUCUCAUCUUGUUUGAACCAAAAUGAUGUUUAGUCUGCUUAGGUGAUUUAAGGUGAUUUAAACACAAUUAGAAUCUUUUUUUUAAAAAACACUAUAAAUGCCAGUUUGGCAUUUUCUUUCACCCAUGAGUACAUGGCAGUAGGUGUAUUGGCUAUUUUUUUUAUCCUGUCUGGGUUGCAGGACUAGCACUAUCAUAGCACUAUUGUUCCUCAUUGAGUUAUUCAUGGUGAAAGAAAAUGUUUACAUGCUUAGAUUUAAAAUUACACAGACUUUACACAGAAUUGCCGAAUCACCACAAUAUAGCAAAGAGUUCCAAGUUGUUUCUGAUUCAUGUGUCAUGAAGAAAAUUCUCCAUUAGCAGAAGUAUUCUCAUUUACUUUAGUUUCUUCACUCGGGUAAAGUUCAUUUUUAGGUGUCAUAUUCCUUUGUUAUAUGCUGUGAUGUUGCAUCAUUAUUUAAUUCACUAAGUGUUCAUUUCUCUGACUGACGUUUUAUGUUUAAAUGGCACUGCAGUUUAUGAGGUAAAAAAUCUUUUAAAAAUUUGUAAUAAAAGUACGUUGUUAAUGGUUCCAACAGGAUUUAUGAGAGGACGCUCUGCCCAGCCUAUAGUGCAACUUAAUGCAUAGAAAGCUAUCAAAGAAUCUCAAAUAAAAACUAUAUUAUAAAACA